AUGGAUCUCAGCCUUCUAAGCUCCGUCUUAGCAGCCUUUCUCGGGUUUCUCAUUUUCUGUCGUUAUGGAUUGUCGAGGAAAAAGGAAAAGAAUGUUGCUGCCUCGGCCACCACCAACACGACCGCCAUUUCUGAAGGAGAAUGCGAAUCUAAGGACGGUGGCGAUGACAUCAUCAUAGUCGGUGCCGGAGUUGCCGGCGCAGCCUUGGCUCACACUCUGGGGAAGGACGGGAGACGUGUCUGUGUGAUUGAAAGAGAUUUGACGGAGCCUGACAGGAUUGUUGGAGAACUUUUACAACCAGGUGGUUACCUAAAACUACUUGAGUUGGGACUUCAAGAUUGCGUGGAAGAAAUUGAUGCUCAGAGGGUGUUUGGAUAUGCCCUAUUCAAGGAUGGAAAAGCCACUCGUCUUUCUUAUCCUUUAGAAAAAUUCCACGCUGAUGUAUCUGGCAGGAGCUUCCAUAAUGGACGCUUUGUACAAAGACUGCGUGAGAAAGCCGCUUCUCUUCCAAACGUCCGACUGGAGCAAGGAACCGUGACAUCAUUGCUGGAGGAAAAUGGGACUGUUAGAGGGGUACAGUAUAAGACAAAAUCUGGUGAGGAGUUGAAAGCUUACGCGCCUUUGACCAUAGUAUGCGAUGGAUGUUUUUCUAACUUGCGACGCUCACUGUGUGAUCCAAAGGUGGAUAUUCCGUCUUGCUUUGUUGGUUUGGUCCUCGAGAAUUGCCAACUCCCUUUUUCAAACCACGGACAUGUGAUCUUGGCUGAUCCUUCUCCUAUCCUGUUUUACCCUAUAAGCAGCAAUGAGGUCCGCUGCCUGGUCGAUGUUCCUGGUCAGAAGGUGCCUUCUAUAUCAAAUGGUGAAAUGGACAAAUAUUUGAAGACUGUGGUUGCUCCACAGAUCCCAGUUGAACUGCAAGAUGCGUUUGUAGCAGCUAUUGAAAAAAGAAAUAUUAGGAGUAUGCCAAACAGAAGCAUGCCGGCAGCUCCUCAUCCGACUCCAGGUGCUUUGCUUAUGGGGGAUGCAUUUAACAUGCGCCACCCAUUGACUGGAGGUGGGAUGACUGUGGCGUUAUCUGAUAUAGUCGUCUUGCGUAAUCUCCUUAAGCCUCUGCAUGACUUGCAUGAUGCCCCAUCACUCUGCAAAUAUCUUGAAUGUUUCUAUACACUGCGGAAGCCUGUGGCAUCCACAAUCAACACACUGGCCGGUGCCCUGUACAAGGUGUUCAGUGCCUCACCUGAUCAAGCACAAAACGAGAUGCGCCAGGCAUGCUUCGACUAUCUGAGCCUCGGGGGUGUGUUCUCAAACGGGCCUGUCUCGUUGCUUUCGGGCUUGAACCCUCGCCCGCUGAGCUUGGUUUGCCAUUUCUUUGCAGUCGCAAUAUACGGUGUGGGCCGUCUAUUGUUGCCCUUCCCCUCGCCCAAACGAAUGUGGAUUGGAGCUAGAUUAGUAUCGAGUGCAUCGGGAAUAAUUUUCCCUAUCAUCAAGGCCGAAGGAGUCAGGCAGAUGUUCUUUCCGGCAACUGUCCCUGCUUACUACCGAGCUCCUCCGCCUAACUAA